GCCGCUGCUGCUGCCGGAGCGCACGGAGGAGCUUCCCUUUUUUUUUUUUUAACGCACCGAGGCGAUCCGGAGCCCCCCGCUGAAAGAAGCCGCAGCCCCGACGAACUGACGACGUGUGCGCUGUGCAGGCAUUCUGCUGUUAUAUCGGCGAGGCUGCAGCGAUUUGAAGAGGCGAAAAAACGCCGAGCUGCUCUUUCAUCUCGUCAGCUUUGAGGAGGAGGCGGCGAGGGACCCGGGGUGUCCCCCCGUUUUUGUGUGUAACUCCGCGCGUGUGUGUGUGUGUGUGUGUGUGUGUGUGUGUGUGUGUGUGUGCGUGUGCGUGCGUGUUUGUGUGUGUUUGGAACAAGAGAGAGCAGAGAGAGAGAGUGUGAGAGAGAGAGAGAUACGAGGGUAAAACAGAUCGGACGCGCGGCGCAGGAGACAGCCGCUUUUGGACACGUUUUGGAGACAGAAGCUGCCCGACUGCAAAGGCUGCACACAGAAAAAAAUAUAUAUACAUAAACAAAACUUACUUUGCAUCACCCCUCCCGUCCAUUAAUUUUUAUCGCGUUAUUAAUAUUAUUUCGGGGGGAGUUUUUUAAGCGUCUCCCAAUCUGCUGGACAAGUUUGGCCGCUGAAAGGACGCACCUCGGGACUUUGACGCAGACCGUCUCCCUGACUUCUUGCUGCUGGACAUGGGCGCAUCUGAGGCCAAACAGCCGUAGACGGAGGGCUCGGAGCUGCUGUCCUCUUUUCCUCCUAUCUCUUGCAGAGUGGACCCACUUUUGAAAGAGCGUGUUUUUUUUCUAUCUGGGCCUAAGGCCGACUUGUUUAAAGGUCCUUUUUUUUUGCUUCCGGCAACAGCGAAGAGACCAAGUCUUCCUCCCUCAGCCCUCACUCCCUCUCUCACUUUUUUGGAAGCUGAACUUUUAAAGGAAAAUGGGGCAUUGAGAGGGUUGGCAGAUCUCCCCACGCUACAAUGGCUACUGACACCUACCUGGUAAACGACGAUCCUGCUAGAGGCCCAGGGAUGCCUGAAUGUUUCCUUGUGUCCGAUACAUAUAGGGAUGAAUUCCACCCCUUCAUCGAGGCCCUGCUGCCCCAUGUCCGCGCCUUUGCCUACACCUGGUUCAACCUGCAGGCCCGCAAGCGCAAGUACUUCAAGAAGCACGAGAAGCGCAUGUCCAAGGAGGAAGAGCGCGCAGUGAAGGAUGAGCUGCUGGGGGAGAAGCCAGAGAUCAAGCAGAAGUGGGCCUCGCGCCUGCUGGCCAAGCUCCGUAAGGACAUCCGGCCUGAGUUCCGUGAGGACUUUGUGCUCACCAUCACGGGGAAAAAGCCCCCCUGCUGUGUGCUGUCCAACCCCGACCAGAAGGGCAAGAUCCGCCGCAUCGACUGCCUGCGCCAGGCCGACAAGGUGUGGCGGCUGGACCUGGUGAUGGUCAUCCUGUUCAAGGGCAGCCCCCUGGAGAGCACGGACGGGGAACGGCUGGUCAAGUCGCCACAGUGCACCAACCCUGGCCUGUGUGUCCAGCCGCAUCACAUCGGAGUGUCCGUCAAGGAGCUGGACCUCUACCUGGCCUACUUCGUCCACACGCCAGAAUCUGGACAAUCAGACAGCUCCAGCCAACAGGGGGACACAGACAUUAAACCACCGCCCAAUGGGCACCUGAGUUUCCAGGACUGCUUUGUCACCUCAGGGGUGUGGAAUGUGGCGGAGCUAGUCAGAGUGUCACAGACUCCUGUAGCCACAGCGUCAGGUCCCAACUUCUCACUGGCUGACCUGGACAGCAGUCCCAGCUACUACAACAUCAACCAGGUGGCUCUGGGACGACGCUCCCUCACCUCCCCUCCUUCCACCAGGUCUGAGGUGGAGUUGUACGCAAACCUUCCACGGAGCUCCACCAAGAGGAAGUCAUUAGACGACAGCGAGCUGGAGAGCCCCACAGAUGAUGUUUUCUACCCUGGACGCUCGCCUGCCGCCAGCUCCUCCCAGUCCAGCGCGUGGCCCAAUGACAUGGAUGCAGUGCAGCACCAUUUGGCGAGUGUGCAGGAGAGGAAGAUAAAACAUGAAAACGAUGGCGUGCAGUUUCCUUACCAUGGACUGUCCUCGCCUGGUUCACUUAAGAAGCCGGGGAAGUUUGAUUUCAACGCCCUGACUUCCCAGACGAGGUCCCCCCGCAUGGCGUUCACACACCACCCGCUGCCUGUGCUGGCAGGAGUGAGACCAGGGAGUCCCCGUGCCUCAGCCUCAGCCCUGCACUUCCCCUCCUCCUCUAUCAUCCAGCAGUCCAGCCCGUACUUCACCCACCCCACCAUACGCUACCAUCACCACCAGGACCCGCUUAAGGAGUUUGUGCAGUUUGUGUGCACUGACGGCACAGGACAGCCCAGCGCACAGCCUAAUGGAGGUGGCCAGAGCAAAAUGCCGGGCUCCUUCCUGCUGCCCCCGCCACCCCCGGUGGCGCGCCCUGUGCCCCUCCCCAUGCCCGACUCUAAAAGCAUCAGCACGCCCACUGACGGCGGACUCAGCUCACCCGCAUCUCCGUCAUACUCCACGCCAGGCUCCACAGCUCCCAACCGGUUUGUCGGCAUCGGAACACGGGACAACUUUCUGAAUAUCCCCCAGCAGACUCAGUCCUGGUUCCUCUGACAAGGCCUCUCUGAAUCAACAGCUAAAAUUGUGUCAUGAAAAUUGGAAAUUUGAAAAACAAACACAUCACUGCUGAUUAAGAACAGACUGCUGACACUAAAAAGGUCUUUCUCUCUCGCCAACACUAUUCAAAGUACUACUACAGAACCCGAAAAAAAAAACCCUCCCCACCCCUCCCCCACCCCCCCAAGAGGACUCUCAAUCCACCACAAUUUGAACAGGAACGUUCAUCCCCCUUUAUCCAGGAGGCUUAAAUGAGAUUGAGUGGACAGACUCAGAAUGCAAGGAGGAGGAAGAGGAAGAUGAGGAACUGUCUCACACACUCACACACAAACACACGCACACAUACACAUACACACACACCACAAAAAUGUCAGAAAGGAAAUGCAAUAUGGUAACCUGACAAAUGACCAAUUAUACAUUUGUUGUUUCUUUUUUUAUGUUUUUUUUUUUUUUUCAUUUUGUUGUCUCCACAAUGAAACUCCAUGCAUUGGCUGGGAGAUCCAAAAAGUAAUGAUAAUUGAUGAAGUCGGAUGCAAGUUGAAAAGAUUUCCUCCCAUAUUGCACGCCUCCAUAUCUACAUAUUUCUCCACCUGCCUCUUCUUCAGGUCCAUGGUCCCAUCCAAACCCCCCACCCCACCCCCAUCCCCACCACACCACCUGGAGCUCAGCGCUGCUCAGGUUCCAGACCGAAAAACAACUGCAGCCACAUGCCUGCGUGUCGUCGCCACACUCUGCCGCUUCAUUCGCUCAGCCCUGAGCCUCUUUCAUUUCUGAUUGGCCAAUCAUGGUGACACCAUCCGAUGGUGUGACAUAUAUGCACUAAGUGGCUGGUCUUUUGUUUACCUGUCAAAGUAUCAGGGCGUCCUGCUGUGGAAGAAGUGAUAGCCAUGAGGCGAGUGCGAGCGAGUGAACACACAACAGACAGUCAUAACACUAACUCUACAUGUGCUCUUUCGUCCCCUCACCUAUGCACUAUUAAUUUUUUUAAUAAGGGAUGAACAGUAUUGCACAUCGAUGGUCAGAUGAGCGAUUAGAGAAGUGAAUCGAGGCUGGCUGCCACCGCAGGAAUGUGGCUGCACUGACAUUUGAGUCUGGGCCCUGAAACAUGCAGCGAGUGCACGCUCAUGCUCACACACAAACAAACACGCGCGUACGCUUGCAUACAGACCAUCCUCUCCAGAAUAGUCUGUCACACAACCACUCACAAUAUCAUCUCGUUAUUAUUCAGACAUGGAAUUUAAUUUACAGGAAUGCACACGCAGCAUCAGCUUCAUAUUAUUAGCUUUCAUUUUGUUUGUAGGUGUUUUCUUGCAACUUUUUUCUUUUUCUUUUUUUUUUUUUUUUUUUUUUUUUUGCCGGAUUUGGUUUUGGUUUUGUCUCACUUGGGUUGUUUUAACCUUCUCUUGCAUGUCAUAACAUUUUUUUUCUUUAGUUUGCAGUAAUACGUUAAGUGUCAUGCUCGAAUUUCAGCGAAACAGAUUUCAAACGAAACAGUAACAGCAGUUUCUCGAAUCUCUCUCACGUAUGGACAGCACAGUAACAACAGCUCAUCACAUGCAUCCCUUGCAUUGCUUCACCCUGUAUCCCUUAGUUCAGUCACAGGAAAACCCAGAGGAAUACACGCACACAUUCACACACAGACACACAUAUAAAAACAUACACUAACACCACCAAUCACCUGACACAAACUAAUAAAGGGAAGCCUUUAUAUUUGGUUCUCCAAACUGCCUUUGUUAAUGGUUUUUCAUUCACUUUAAGAUUUGUCUUUUUAAUUUGAGAUAUUUUUUUCUAUGUAAAUGUUCACAAUGAAAUUGCUAUUGGUAUUAUUUUCAUCAUGACACAAUCCAACAAAAGCCGACCUCACAAAAUAACUGGACUGCCUAGCUGUUGGUUCUAUUUUGCAGGGAUAGUAAACAGGGCUGAGACCCUGUUCUCAGCCUCUCUAGUAACAUUAGCUCUAUGUACUAAAACCAUAUAUCAAGACUAUAACAAUAUAUGAAAGUGCCUCUGUAUUCCCUUCAUGCAAUUAGUAAUAAACUUGACUUCAGGUUCUCUUCCCACAUAUAAGCUAAAGCUACGGGGAAUGGUAGCGUUGGUGCAUGUGGAAACCAUUGGCCUAGGACAGAUCUUUAUAGAGGACUGCAAACUUUUUUUUUUUUGUAAAGACAGAGAGAGAGAUCUUAUACAUAUAUAUUUAUGAUAUAUGCUCCUUUUUAACUUUUACUACAUGAGCUUGUUGGCAGUCUAGUUAUUUUCUGAACUCUCACCCCACCACCCCCCACCACCUCCCCUCACAACCUGUUUCAGUAACAUCAUCUUACUGUUACCAGUACGAAUCAAACGACACACGCCAUCGCCAUCUGCAGCGCAGCAUUAUAAUACCUAGAUGAACAUGUCAAAAAUCGACAGUAGGUUUGAAGAAAAAAAAAGUGUUUGUUUUUUGAUGGAAAGUAUUAUUAUUGAAAAAUAUGUGUCGAUUGAGCCACGUGCAAUGCAUUGGGUAGAUCAUUGUGUUUGUCUGUUAGAGAUUUUUAAGAAAGCUAAGAGAAAAGAGAAAAAAAAUGUAUUUGUUUCAAGUCCGUAAGCUCCGGGACUCUAAACUAGAGGGCCAUGAAAAAUCCUAGUCUUUGUAAGUUGGGGGUAUUUGUUUUUAUUUCCUUUUGUCUCUUUUUUAAUGUUUUAUGUGUAAUCAUUUGUUUAUAAAAAUGUGGGAGGGCUGAAGGAAAAAAAAAUUCUACACAACUUCAGAAAAAAAUUCUCUAUCAUCAGAUGAAAACUGGUGCUUUAACACUAUAAAGUACAUUCAGAACUAUUAUAAAUGAAUGGUAAUGAACAAAAAUAACAGACCAUUUAGGAAACAGCAUUAUUCCUCUCUCUAUUUGUAUUCUUCUUCUAUUUGUAUUGAGUGGGGGGAGAGGUUCCUAUUCCUUAAGGUUGUGACACAAAAGGCAUUUUGGUUCAACCUUUAGAAAGAAAAAAAAAACCUAUACUGUCAAGCCUAAGAAACUUCAGAUAACUUACCCAUGCACUGCCUGAAACUCACCAGCAAAAACAAAACAAAAAAAACCCUCCCAGUUUAAUUCAUUGUUCUCACCUGCAUUGGCAUAGUGACAUGACAAGUUCCUCCCUGUGCUGUGGGAGAUGCUUCACAUCCAGAAAUCUUUUUAUUCCCAUGAUCACGUUAAUAUGUUUCUGAAUCUAGAGCUGGAUGGAGCUCAGCAGGGUUGUGUCGAGACACCUGAGUUGAAGUGGAAAGAGUGUUGAGUUAAGACCGUCUGUCUCCUGUGCAGAUAACAGAAACAACUGAAAAGGGGCAAAAACGUAGCUUAAAAUCAGGCAUAAAUAUGUGAGGUUUGAACCAUUUAUGAAACAGGCAGCAAGGUGAGCCUCUCCCCUGUUCCACCCCCCUCCUCUGUAAAUGACUCUUAUAGUGCUUGUGCUGUAGUGUAUAGUUUCCCAGCAGUUAAAGGUUGUCCCUUAAAAGUGCCUUUUGUUCACAGACUCCAUUUUGUAAUCCAGAUCGCCCCUUUUUUUCGAAAUGGCUCGAGGUAGCAGGUUGCCCCUGAGUGCCGCGAGGAGGGGUAACAGGUCGUCGCCCGCUCAGCGCUCAGGGACAACUUUUUCCUCUGGCUCGAAAUAAAUCCCCUCCAUUGUACCUCCCCUAUAUCCUCUCUUCCUUUUCAAAAGCCGUAUAUAUAUAUAUAUAUAGUACAAAAGGAAACUGGUGUGAAUUAGUUCUUUACUUUUUAUUGAUAAAUAAUGACAAAAAAAUUUUUGAAAAGGCAAAAAAACUUGUUCUCGUUCAGCUCUUGCUUUUUUUCUUCCCCUCUGUCUCCACUGUCUGUUUUCUCUUAGACACUGGAGUAGUCUGUAACUGUGUGUCCGUCACUCUCCGUCUCUCUCUCUCUCUUUCUUUUCUCUCUCUCUCUCUCUCUCUCUCUCUCUCUCUCCUGCCCUCUCCGCUGUUGGGAGGGUGAAAAAAAAAAUAUUGCCGAAAAACUUUUGUCUGAGCAGAAUGCAGUUAGCUCACAUGUUAUUCUUGUCUGUAUGCUUCACAUUGUAUUACCAUACCCAUCUUCUUCAGCUUCUCCAUUCAACAGCUAAUGUAAGUGAACAAAUUACGCUGACGGGCUUUUGGGGGUGUCCUUGGGUGGGUUAGGAAGGGACGACAGGGGUUCAGGGGUUUGGGUCGAAGAGGUUUACAGAGAAGAUUAACGGGGUCGAGAGGGCUAGACGAACUGCUUUGGGAUGUUGGAAAGGGGCUGCUUGGACUAGGAUAUCUAAGAGUUUGCUCUUUUGUUUUAGCUAUUUAUUUUUUGGCUUUGUUUUAUUCCCCCCUUUUUGUUUCCUUUUAAUUUGGAUUUCUUUUUCAUAUUUGCUAUCAGGGUAUGCUGUCAUUUAGGCUCUCUUUGAGGAUGCCUUGGACUGUAAAUGAAAGCUACAAGCACCUUAUAACCGGACUUGUCCUGCAUGAGGCUGAAAGAGGGGGGUGUUGCAUUUCCAGGACAUAUCCCACAUCCAUUCAAAUCAAUCUUUUAAAGUGAAGUAUUAUUGUUCACGGCGGGUUUCACACACAGUGAAACUCUCAGCAGUAUUAGCCAUUUACAACACAACCAACCAGAUAGUUAAAAGGCCAGCAUGAACCUGAUCUCUCAGAUUGCCGAGGAUUCAGGAAAGUCCCUCCAUUUUUCUCCUCUGACCACCUCAUGCUGGACUGCUCCGUGUCUUUGUUCUGUUGUUCAUUUUGUUCUUUAUCUUCUUAAGCGUGUAUGGUUAUUGGUGUAAUAGGCAGCACCCUAGGCCCCCCUGACUCCCAGCUCUUCUACGCCUCUGUCUACACCCUCAGUGCAGCACCACUUCUUUGUGAGAACACCCCCAGAGCUCUAGGUGAAAUGCAUGUGUUAAUUACAGUUUCUUUUCCAUAAGAAGAAAAACACAGUUUGAGAAGAGCAGCACCUGAUUGAAUAAAAAGGAUGUUCUUGACUGUA